AUGGCCCGCCCCAUGAUGCAGGCCAUGCCCGACACGCGGCAGCAGAGCUUCGACGAGAUCUACGGGCCCCCCGAGAACUUCCUCGAGAUCGAGGUCCGCAACCCGCGCACCCACGGCACCAGCCGCUCCAUGUACACCGACUACGAGAUUGUCUGCCGCACAAACAUCCCCGCCUUCAAGCUCCGCGCCUCCACCGUCCGCCGCCGCUACUCCGACUUUGAGUACUUCCGCGACAUCCUCGAGCGCGAGUCCGCCCGCGUCACCAUCCCCCCGCUCCCCGGCAAGGUCUUUACCAACCGCUUCUCCGACGACGUCAUCGAGGGCCGCAGGGCCGGCCUCGAAAAGUUCCUCAAGAUCGUCGUCGGCCACCCCUUGCUCCAGACCGGCAGCAAGGUGCUUGCCGCCUUUGUCCAGGACCCUAACUGGGACCGCAACGCCUGGUGA